AUGGAAAUACUCGAAUUUUCAGAGUGCUUUCCCGACGAGCCUGGACGGCCAAUCUUCACCAUCGUGGUCUACAAACUCGAUGACCAAUACUUUACAGCUCGUAUAUCUGAUCGAAGCGUUCGCGAGUCUGAAAUCACGCAAAGUAGACUAGAAGAUGUAGUCAGCAUUCCAAAGACUGCUUUCCAACCUCAGUAUUCGAAAGAAGGUUUCAACAUCGCACAGUCACCUGGCUCGCUUUAUGUCAAACGACCUUCGCUCAUCUCUUAUUACCACAUCGAUCGGAUCAAGAGUGACAGAAUUGCUCAGGAUGUAUUACGAGAAGCACAAGUCUGCGAAAUAUCAAGACUUCAUCCGCAUAGCAACAUUGCGGAGUACAUUGGCUGUGAAACAGAAGAUGACAGGAUAUCUGGGCUUUGCUUUACGAAAUACAAAGAAUCGCUCAUGCAACGACUCAAUCCUGGAAGCCUAGGCAAACGAGCCUUUGCCGCAUCGUCACAUCUUGACCGAGCAUGGUGUAACAAGAUCCUUACAGGAGUCAAGAGCGCUCUAGAUCAUCUUCAUUCUCUCGGUCUUGUCCACAACGAUUUGAAUCCUUCGAAUAUAAUGCUCGACCACGAAGAUACGCCCAAACUCAUCGAUUUCGGGUCUUGUAGACACAUCGGCGAGACACUCAGAAACGUUGGGCGUACAUAUCCAUGGUAUGAUGAACAAGUCCAGUAUGCGAACAAGGACAACGACCUUGAUGCACUUUCAGAGAUUGGUGCUUGGAUG